ACCACACAACUGUGUACGAGCUGUCAGGCUAGUUAGCUAUAUUCGUGUGUUGCACUAUACAUAAUUACAGAGUGAUAGCUAGCUAGGCCAAACAAUGAAAUCCAUAGAGCUAAUUGGCUAACGUUUGCAAACAUGGGAUAACAUUUGGCGUCCCCCUUUUAAACAACGACUGAUGGUUCUUUUCUGAGCUGGCGCUAACGUAGUCUAGCUACAGCUGUAAUACAGUCAUCUAAUGCAUGACUAUGGAGAAUUAUAACUUUAUCCGAAUCGUUGGGAAAGGUAGCUACGGUGAAGUCAGUCUGGUCAGACACAACGCUGACAGAAAACAGUAUGUCAUCAAGAAGUUGAACUUGACGACUUCGUUAAAGCGUGAGCGGAGAGCAGCAGAACAAGAGGCACAGCUCUUGUCCCAGUUGCGGCACCCGAACAUCGUUACAUAUAGGGAGUCCUGGGAAGGAGAGGACCGUAGGCUUUACAUUGUCAUGGGCUUUUGCGAGGGGGGUGACCUCUACCAGAGGCUGAAACAACAGAAUGGCGAGCUGCUCCCUGAGAGACAGGUGGUUGAAUGGUUUGUCCAAAUUUCCAUGGCCCUCCAGUAUUUGCAUGAAAAGCACAUCUUGCAUCGGGAUUUGAAAACCCAGAAUAUCUUCUUGACCAAGACCAACAUAAUCAAAGUUGGAGACCUUGGGAUUGCACGAGUGUUGGAGAACCACAAUGACAUGGCAAGCACCCUCAUUGGAACACCAUAUUACAUGAGUCCAGAGCUUCUCUCAAACAAACCCUACAACCACAAGUCUGAUGUCUGGGCUUUGGGCUGCUGUAUGUAUGAAAUGGCCACUCUAAAGCAUGCUUUCAACGCCAAAGACAUGAACUCCUUGGUGUAUCGUAUCAUAGAAGGAAAGCUGCCACAGAUGCCAAGUAUGUACAACCCCCAGCUUGGAGAGCUCAUUAAGAGCAUGCUAAGUAAGAAGCCAGAGGAGCGACCGGACGUCAAGCACAUCCUCCGACAGCCCUACAUCAGGCAGCAGAUUUUCAUGUUUCUGGAGGCUACAAAGGAGAAAAGUGCUAAGUCCAGAAAGAAAGUUCUGAACAACAGGCCCAGUGACUCUGUGGUGCUGGUAAACGUAAAAUGUGAGCACCCCUCUCAGUCGCCCUCCGAUCAUUACAAAAAGGGAAAACCGAGGGAAAAAAAACAUCCCCAACGUCACAAAGCCAGCAGCGGCAACACGGAACCCUCUUCUUCUCCAAUAGAGUUGGUCACUAAAGCGCCUGCACAGGAUUUUCUGAAUGGCACAAAUGCAUCCAUAGCAACCAUCAGUAAUGUCAAUAUUGAUAUCGAGCCCCUGGAAGAUGAAGGGCAGCAGGAAGUGCCACCUCAGAGCAUCAGUAACCAGCCCAAACCAGCAGAGAACAGAGGGAGCAGGAAAGAGUAUCCCUCUCCAGCACAGGCCUGGGGAGGUGUGCCAGUGUCCGGUGUCAUCGGUAGGGAGGAAAAGAGGGUAUUGAAUGGCUCUGUGAAGCACAAUUGUCCCCUCCCGUCAGGAAUGAGACCGGCCGACGAAAGCAAAUGGACGGUCGAGAGUCAGCCUCCUCCUGUAAAUAUGGACAACAAAGAUGACACGGUGAACCUGCUCCAGGAUGUGGAGAGGGAAAACCAAAACAAAAGCCUUGAACUGAGGGAAAGCUUGGACUCAACAGAAAAGCUAUUGGAACCAUUUAUUCCUGUCUCAGUUGCGGAAUCCCCCCAUGAAGAUCCACUUCCACGUGUCCCAGAGCAGGAUGUGCCCCAGCUCCAAGCCCCCUCUUCUACUUCAGAAUCGUCCCUGUCCCACCAGCACACACAGAGGGACAGUGAGAAGCCACAGACUGACCAAGAUAGGGUAAAGAUGGUGUCUUCCAGACCUUUGCCACCACCCCCUGGAGAUUCUUUCACAGCCCAUAAGAAUAAUAAGCACAGGGGCCAUGCAGCUGAGACAAAGAGUGUCAGUUCAUCAUGUGCCUCAGACUGCAGGUCUAAAGACGGCUCCAUAUCAUCAUCAUCACAGGAUCGUCCCCUGACAGCAAGAGAGCGAAGACGACUGAAACAGAAGGAAGAUCACUUCAAUUUAGGUGUCCCUGUUCCAAGUCAAGCCUUUGAGUCAAAUGCUAUCCCUGUGGAGAGGAAGGAGAUAGAUUCCCAGAAUGCAGCAGUCUGCCCUUCUGUAUCUGACACUGCCAUCCAUGCAAACAAGAAACAGGUAAGGUCACAGUUGCAAGCUCCAGAAGAGGAUGAGAGUGGCUCCUCCACUUGCUCCACUGAUCACUCUGAAGGGGACUACAAAGAGAGGAAGAAGAGUAAUGAGAUGCAAGACCUUGUCCACUUGAUGACCCAGACACUACAAAUGGAUUCCAGAGAUCCAGCAUGCGAGCCCGACGGCCCUGAAUCUGGCUCUACACAAAUGCCUGAGUUCAGACUGAAUAGGAGGUACAGAGACACCUUGGUUCUGUAUGGAAAGGCCAAAGAAGAGCAAGAGGAGUUUCACCUCAGUGAAGUUCCCUCAGAUCUUACUCCUGGGUCUGCCAAGAUAAGGAGAGCAAUUGAACGCUUAAGAACUGAUGUUGUGAGAGGUCUGGGGAUUAAGCUUCUGGACAGAGUAAUGGACAUCAUGGAAGAAGACGAUGAAGACAAGAGAGAGCUUCUACUCCGGGAACAAAUGGGAGAGGAAAAGUACCAGGCCUACGCUGUCAUGGUGCGGCAGUUAAAAUUCUUGGAAGAUGUUGCUUUCAAAGAAUAAGGAGUCUGAAGAAAGAAUCUAAAAUUACAGCGAUGCAACCUGGCAGUGCCUUUAUAUGACUGGUGUGUAUGGAAAGGACCAAAUUCACACACGGCUAAAAUGGAAUCCCUCUGAAUGUGCAGUUUCUCAUUUCAUGCAAUUGUGUCUUAUAGAUUUCUUUGUUAUAUAUUAGAAAUGACAGUACACUUUGAAUAUUGUUGUAGAUACAUAGAAUAUAUCUGAUAGUCUAUAUUUACAAAUGAGAGUAGUGUGAUUAAUCUGAUUUCACAUUAAAAUGAAAUAUCUAUAACUCCAGAAAACCUGUAGUACUUGAAGUAAAGGAUUGGUAGAAUAGCUUGAUGUAUGUCAACACAAAUGCAGGAAAAUACUGUAUUGGACACAUUCUGUUCAAUAUGUGCUGUUACCAUCUGUAUCAAAAAGAUUACCCUAUUAUUAUCAUGUUUUGGAUUUUCUUUUCAGUUGCAAGAAAUACUUCUUUAAAAGCAUUUCAUG